AUGUCUUCUAACAAACGGAAAAGAAGUUCUACCUCUGUGGCGUCGACAUCAGCUCACUCAAGGACGAUUUCAUUUCCCAUUGAUGUUGAUGUACUACCUGUUUAUUAUGAUUGUGGUGAUUGCUCUUGUGUAUGCGAAUUCUGUGGUGCUUUAUUUUGGUUUACUGAAAGAGUUCUUCGGUAUUCUCGAGUUAAUCACCCACGUUAUACUCAUUGUUGUCGAUCGGGUGAUGUUGUUCUUCCAAAUCCUAUUACUCCACCAAAUGUGUUGUCUCGGUUUUUUGAAGAUGAUAGUUUUAUGCGCAAUAUCAGAGCAUAUAAUUCCAUGUUUUCUAUGACGUCUUUUGGUGCAAAGGUGGAUGAAGAAAUUAAUAAAAGUCAUGCUCCAUACGUCUUCAAGAAUGAAGUUGUUAAUCGAAUUCGUGCUUUUCAUGAAGACAACAAUGUGAUUUUAUCUGCAGAUAUUGUCACUUGUCUGAGUGACAUGUUAACUGCAAACAACGAAUAUGUGCGUACUUUUAAGACAGCAAAAGAAAUUUCGCAGUCUAUGAGUUUGGAUUCGUAUGCUGUUCGUCUAUUUAACACUGUUCCUGAUAGGAGAUAUGGUCCCCCGGCUGCCGGUACUUUGGGUUGCAUCGUUUGUGGAGAUGAUGUUAGUGGCGCCUCCUAUGAUGUUGUCAUAUACUCAAAGACAGGUUUACCUCAACGUAUAAGUAAAUUACAUCCAAGUUACAUGCCUUUGAUGUAUCCCCUAUUAUUUCCGUACGGUGAAGCAGGUUGGUCUCCGCAAUUACAGAUACACAAUCAAUCUUCUGGUCGGGAUAAGAACCUGACAAAUAAUAUGUUCUACAGCUAUCAGAUUCAUGAUCGUUUAGGUGUUUACUCGCUUUUAUUACGUGGUCGACGCCUAUUUCAGCAGUAUUUAGUUGAUGCUUAUACAUGUAUUGAACAAUCAAGGCUAGAUUACAUUGAACAUCACCAACAACAACUUCGUUCUGAGUAUGUUACUGGCAUUUAUGAUGCUUUGUCUAGAGGUGAUACUGAUACACAGGUCAUAGGAAGGCGUGUGUUUCUCCCCGCAUCAUUCGUGGGAGGACCUAGAUACAUGUAUAAGCAUUAUCAGGAUGUGUUGGCAAUAUGUAGGGUUCAUGGUAAACCGCAAUACUUCAUUACUUUUACUUGUAAUGUAAAGUGGCCUAAAUAUAGGCGAUAUACAAGUACUAUUGGUCAAGGUAAUAUUCAAGAUAGACCUGACAUUAUUGCUCGAGUUUUCCGAAUUAAAGUUGAUGCUUUAGUUGACUUCCUCAAGGAAGACAAAACUUUCGGUGAUGUUGAUGCGCAUCUUUACACUAUAGAAUUUCAGAAGCGGGGUCUUCCCCAUUGUCAUUUGCUUCUUUGGGUUGCAUCUCCAUUUAAAAUAUAUGAACCCACAGAUGUUGACAAAUAUAUUACAGCAGAAUUGCCCAAUCUUACAACCGAGGUUGCAUUAUAUCGGACAGUAACCACCUGCAUGUUACAUGGUCCUUGUGGUUUGUUAAACAUGGGUGCUCCAUGUAUGCGAGAUAAUAAGUGUAGUAAGCGUUUUCCAAAAGCCUUCACUUCGUCUACAACAUUUGAUGAUAACGGAUAUGUUCAUUAUAGGCGACGUGCUGGGGUAUGUCAUGUACUCCAAAAUGGCAUAAAAGUUGAUAAUGGAUAUGUGGUACCCUAUAAUAAGCGAUUAUGCACACCAUUUGAUGCACAUAUAAACGUUGAACACUGUGGCUGGAAUAUGAUGAUAAAGUAUCUAUUCAAGUAUGUUUCAAAGGGUGUUGAUCGUGUCCGGUUUGUCCUACAACGAUCUGAAUCGACUGUUAACAUUGCUUCUUCCAGCAAUUUGCCUUUUGUCAAUGAAAUUAACACUUUUUUAGAUGGUCGUUACAUAUGUCCUCAUGAAGCUGAUUGGAGAAUUUUAAAUUUCCCAAUUCAUGAACGUGAUCCAGCUGUGCAAGUUUUAGCUGUUCAUUUGGAAGGUAUGCAGACAACUAUUUUUAAAGGGAAUACACAACUAAGCUUGGUGGUCAACAAUCCUACUUUUGCUGUAACAACAUUAACAGAAUGGAUGUACAACAACCACAUAGAUAUUCGAGGGGUCAAUUUAACAUAUUUAGAUUAUCCUACCAAAUUUCGUUGGAAUGCCUCAGCUAAAAGAUGGAGCCACAGAUUUAAAGCAAAUAGUACAUCAAUUGGGAGACUCGCAUAUGUGCACCCAACAGCAGGAGAGUUGUUUUACCUUAGGAUUCUAUUAUGUCACCAGAAAGGGUGCAUAUCAUAUGAUGAUAUUCGUACUGUACACGGAAUUACACACUCUACUUUUCGUGCGGCUUGUGAGGCUUUAGGUUUAACCGGUGAUGAUCGGGAAUGGUUAGCAGCUUUUACAGAGGCAUCUUCUUGGGCUACCGCAAGUGAACUGCGGUCUCUUUUUUGCCAUUUGCUUCUAUUUUGUGAUGUAGGUAGUCCAUUUCUCUUAUGGGAAUCUGCAAAAUCCAAAAUGGGGGAUGACAUUCACCGUGAAUUAACUUUAGAGUCACCAACUCCCGAGUUACACGAUGACAUUGUAGAACAACAAAUACUUCUGGAAAUUCAAAAAUUGUUACUUGCAUCUACACCAUCUAGAUCCCUUGCAGAUUUUGGCUUACCUCUGCCUUCACCGUCACUCCUUGCUGUACUUAGAAAUCGACUCCUCCUUGAAGAAACAAACUAUGACAAACAAUCACUAGCUUCUCAACAUGCAUCUAUGGUUUUACAGCUAAAUCUAAACCAACUAAGAAUAUAUGAGGAUAUUGUAAAUGCUGAACAAAACCAAAAACAACUACUUUUGUUUGUAUAUGGACACGCUGGCACCGGAAAAACAUAUCUAUGGACUACCAUAUUGUCAUACUUCAGAUCUAUAGGAAAAAUAGUGCUAGCUGUCGCAGCCUCAGGUAUCGCAUCCCUACUACUACCUUCAGGACGCACUGCACAUUCUAGAUUCAUAAUUCCAACAGAACUUACAGAUAGAUCAUGUUGCAAUAUUAAAAAGAAUACCCAACUUGCGGAGCUGUUGAAAAAGACUUCAAUGAUUAUAUGGGAUGAAGCUCCAAUGAGUGAUCGGCGAUGCUUUGAAUCUUUGGAUCGAUCGUUGAAAGAUGUACUCGAGAAUAACAAAUGUCAUUUUGGUGGAAUGUCAAUGCUUUUAGGCGGUGAUUUCCGUCAAACACUUCCCAUUCAACCAAAAAGCACAAAAUCACAAAUAAUGGCCCUAACUUUACCAAACUCAUAUUUAUGGCCUCAUUUUACCGUUUACAAGUUACACUACAAUAUGCGUCUAUCUAAUGCAGAUAAUACAACUAUUCCUUCUCAUUCGUUAUCUGAAUUUGCUUCUUGGAUCCUUGAUAUUGGAAAUGGAAAUAUUGGCGUUCCAGAUGCAACCGAUCCAGAAAACACAAAAGUUAUAGAUAUACCUCCCAAAUUUAUCAUUGACACAACGAAAGGACUUCAAUCACUUAUAGAUUUUGUAUAUGGAAGUGAAAUAUUGGCAAAUCCAUCACCUGAAAAUUUAUCAGAUAGAGCCAUUAUUUGUCCGAAAAAUGAAACCGCAGAUAAGGUGAAUGCUUUCAUCUCACUGAAGAAUACAGGUCAUCAAAUUGUGUAUAACAGUUGUGAUUCAGUCAUCUCGCAUACACAAGACACAAUCGAAUUAGACACGUUAUAUCCACAAGAAUAUCUUAAUAAAUUAGAAUUUUCGGGGGUUCCAACACAUGAAUUAGUUUUGAAAAUUAAUACUCCCAUCAUGCUAUUAAGGAACAUCAACCAAAAAGAAGGUUUAUGUAACGGGACAAGACUAAUUGUCUCCCAAUUAUUGCCAUCUGUUAUCGAGGCCUUUAUUAUAACAGGAACUUCUGUAGGAAAGCGGGUGUAUAUUCCAAGAAUCAAAUUUGUACACAACACUUCUGAUUUGCCUUUCAUUUUCACCCGAAAACAAUUUCCAGUCAAAGUAUGUUACGCAAUGACCAUUAACAAAAGCCAGGGACAAUCUCUAAAGAAAGUUGGGUUAUAUUUACCACAAUCUGUUUUCACGCAUGGGCAACUAUAUGUAGCAUUGUCAAGAGCUACCUCACCACAGUCAAUUAAAAUUCUAUUGGAUCCUGAAUGUGAUAUACCCGCAAAUACCACCAGAAAUGUCAUCUUUAAAGAUUUGCUAACAAAAAUUGAUAUGCACGAGGUGCGCGUGCUGCAGAAAUGGAAGCCUAACUUCAGAAAAAACGAAACAUGGUUCAUCAUCAUAGAUAAAAAUGGGGAUGCAAUUCAAGUACUUGGACAAAGAGCUGAUCAAUCAUAUGUUGAAUCUUCACUACUUGUCUCCCAAUGUUACCAAAUUAAAGACUAUACUUGCACUAACGUUGAUCCAUAUCAAAAAUUCAUUUCCAACCCAUUCCAAAUAAAUGUUGGCGUUGCAUCAACGAUUGAGGAAAUACCAGAUGACAGUAGCAUUCCAAAAACAAACUUCCACUUCUGUUCAAGAUCACACCUAAAUACUAUUGCCGACAAAAAUAUCGAGUACCCAUAUUUUAUUGGAGCUUUCAUUAAUAUAAAAGACUGUAACAAAAAAGAUGGAGAACAUUUCAUAAGUAUGACAUUAACAGACGAAAAUGCUGAAGACAUGCCAAUAAUUUUGUGGAAGGAGUGCAUAGAAUCUGCAAACAAGUUCAACCGAAAAGAACUGACAUCACAGUCCAAUCCAGUAGUCGUUGCCCUUACCAAUAUGAAAGCCACAUUGUACGCAUCAAGUUUGAAACUAACAUCUACUAGCGCAACACAUAUGUAUGUAAACCCCGAGAUAGCAGAAACACGAUCUCUAAUCCAAAGAUUCCAAGGACAACUACCUGCAACAUCCACCCCAUCUGCUAUACCAACAACUUUACAACAAUUCAACAGUCUAGAACACUCUCAUACUGUGGGAAAAACAUACGUUGUAAAAGCAACAAUUUCUGACUUCACUUUUAGAGAUACGUGCUACAAAAUUGCAGCAGUUAUCGUAGAUGCAACAAACUCUACAACCAUCUUCAUGUCUGAUGAAGCCACACGUAGCCUCACAAAUACAUCUGUGCAAGAAAUGCUUAGCAAGCACCCUGAUGACACCAAAAAAGUUCUACCCUCAACAAUUGAACAACUUAAAGGCUCAACAAAAAAUAUGUUUAUAGAGUGCAGCAAAUCAUCCAGUUCCAACAUCAUCCUUCAUACAAUCACCAAAUUAACUACGUGUGAAAUUUCAGAAAACCCAGCCAUAUCACCACUAACAAGAGUUACACUAACAACAACAGAACACACCGGAAUCAACAACAAAGAUGACACGACGCCUAAAAAAUCACGCAAACCAAGUAAACGCCUACCACUUGGCCCUACAGGUUAUCUUGACAUGCUUCUUUCUUCUUGUGUGCGUCUCCGCAUCAGGUUUCACAAGUUUUCCAUCGAAGCCAAAAGUCAUCCCGUCUCCUCCGAGUGGGCCUUCAGGUCCUGGCUAUCCAUGCCAAACCGAUGGUCAAUGCCAAAUUCUUUGAUCAAUAUGGAGGAUGUGAAUUUAGGUGAAGGGGAUACAAUUCUCAAUCCUCAAGAUGAAAACAUUCCUAAAGUUGGAAUGAUAUUUGAUUCAGAAAACGAACUUAAAGAUUACUUUAAAAAAUACACAUACCAGAUUGGAUUUGGUGUACGGAAAGCUAGUACAAGAACAAAAAAAUGUAUUGCCGCAACAUACUACUCGGAUGUUCCAGAGUAG